AGCAAUGCGAAGAAAAGCUCCAUUUAUAAAUUAGAAUACCUUUAAGGCCCUUUCGAUCUCCCUCUCGUACCCAUCGACCAAAGAGAAAGGAGGAGGAGGAGGAAAUGGCGGCGAACAUCGGAAUGAUGGACUCAGCCUACUUCGUCGGCCGGAAUGAAAUUGUCUUGUGGAUCAAUUCCACCCUCCAACUCAAUCUCGCUAAAGUCGAAGAGGCGGCACUGGGGGCGGUGCAAUGCCAACUGAUGGAUGCCGUGCACCCGGGGAUCGUGCCGAUGCACAAGGUGAACUUUGAUGCCAGGAACGAGUAUGAGAUGAUCCAGAACUACAAGGUCCUUCAGGACGUCUUCAACAAGCUUAACAUCACCAAGCAUAUUGAAGUGAACAAGCUUGUGAAAGGACGGCCACUUGAUAAUUUGGAAUUCAUGCAGUGGAUGAAGCGAUAUUGUGAUUCUAUUAAUGGUGGCAUCAUCAACAAUUAUAAUCCCUUGGAGAGAAGAGAGGCUUGUAAAGGAGGAAGAGAAGCUAACAGAAGAGCAGCAUUUGUGCAUGCUUCAUCCAAGUCUUCUUCUACUGUUUCCAAAACACAAUCCCAAUCUCCUCAAAACACUCGGAAGAAUGACACUGUUGCUGGAAAUGCUUCACCGAAGAUCACAAAACCUGCUUCCUCCAGAGGAAGACAAGCUUAUGAUGAGCAGAUGCAGAUGACUGAGUUGAAGCUUUUGGUUGAUAGCCUCGAGAAGGAAAGGGACUUCUACUUUGCCAAAUUGAGAGAGAUUGAGAUUUUGUGCCGGGGUCCUGAAAUGGAGCGUCUACAAAUUGUUGGUGCAAUUCAGAAGAUACUAUAUGCCACAGAUGAUGAUCCUUGUGUGGUGGAAGAUGCACACAGGCUAUCACAACAGGUGCCACUGAGUCCUGUUGACAAGGCAUCACAGUAGAGACCAAUGAAACAAAGGAAAAGGACAUCUUGACUUGUGAGGUUGAAGUGGCAUCCAAUUCGGCAUUGCCUUUCAGAAAUCUCAGAUGUUCAUCAAAGUGGUUCCCCAUACCACCUGGUGCUAACCGGUUCAUCUUUCUCAUUGUACUGUUCUUUAGCCUUAGGAGCUCACAAUACGAUGUUAAUUAGUAUCUUUUUUCUUUUUUUUUUAAACUUCUUUUAAUCUUUGACAAGUCUGUCGUGCAAUGAGAUUUUAUACAAAUGAAAUUCCAUUUGG